AUGAAAAAGCUACGAACAAGAUUGAAUGACAAAAGUACAUCGUAUACCUGCUUUGAAAAUUCAUCAAAUGAACUUUUGUACGAAAUAUUCGAAUAUCUUGAUGCUUAUGAUAUAUUAAAAUCAUUUGCAAAUCUUAAUAUUCGUUUACAAAAUCUUAUCAUUUCUUCGUCAAUUUUACUUCGAAUAAAACUUGAUUUAAAAUCAACAUCUCUACUCGAAUAUCGUUGUCAACAUGUUAUUAUUCCAAAUUCACACCGUAUUCGUUCCAUUUGUUUGCAUGAUCAAAUACUGAUUGAGAAGUUCUUUGAUCAUUGUACUAUUGACUCAUCAUUUUAUCGUCUUGAAUCAAUUACUCUCAGAAAAAUCGAAACAGAGACACUACUCACAAUUCUUUCUUAUUUAAAUUCUUUACCUCGUCUCUUUUCACUAGCCAUUUGUAUAAAUGAUGAUGAUGAUGAUGAUUACUAUGAUCUUGGGAAUAUUUAUCAAUUAAUUUUUUCUUUACCUUCAUUAAAAUAUAACAAACUAUAUUCACCUGGUGAUAAAUUACAAAUUAAUAUUCCACAUGUAAUCAAUAAAAAAUUUAGUACGAUCGAACAUCUGGUUCUUAAUUAUCGUUGUACUCUUAAUCAACUAAAUUCUCUACUUCAUUACACACCACAACUUCGUCAUCUGUUUUGCAAUGGAGUAAUUAGAUCAGAUAAAGAUUUCAAAAACGAUCAAUGGAUGAAAUUACCACAUUUAAAAUCCAUUCGUUUUGAUGACGUUGCUGCUUCGUUUGAUGAAUUUGAAGUGUUUAUUAAGGAAAUAUCCUCUCAAUUGCAAGUACUGAACAUUAGUGAACCUGAAAAUAAAACUUAUCUUGACGGUAAUCGUUGGGAACGAUUAAUUAAAGAAUAUAUGCCUCAAUUAAAAACAUUCUACUUUCGUUUUACUCAGAAUAUUAAAAAUAAUAUGAAAACAAAUUUAAUUGAUUCAAGUGAUGGAUUCAUUAAUCGAUUUAAAUCACCAUUUUGGUUAGAACGAAAAUGGGUUUGUGAAAUAGAAGUAUAUUGUGGAUCAUGGGUUUUUUUAAUUCGUCCAUAUAAAAAAGAAUGGAUCGAUCUUCAUGAACAUAUGAAUACUGGCACGUAUUUGAAAGAAAAUUCGAUAGAAGAUAAUUAUAUUUCUAAUCCAGAAAAAACUGACCAUCGUAUUAUACAAUUAAGUAUCGAGGAUUAUGAAUUUACCGAACUUAAUUGGCGAUUUAUUAAUAAAUUAAAAUCUGCUUUUCAAGCAAUUCAAUUUACUCAUUUAAAUAUAAAGAAUGAUAGCAUAUCUAUGAACAUGUUACCCGAUAUUCUACGUCUGUUGCCAAAUAUUGAAUCAUUAAAUUUGACAUUUAUGCUGUCGAUGUUUCCGUUAAAAUCUUCAUCUAUUAAACAUACUAAAAAUCAUCUAUCAGUAUCGGUUAUUAACAAAAUAACAAAAGUCAAACUUGGUCAAGUUACAGAAGAAGAAGAAAUUGAAUUUUUUAUCAAUCUUUGUCCACAAAUAGAAUAUCUUGAAGUACACUGUAUGUCAAAUACAGAUGUCCCAUUACUUAUGAAAUUUAUUUCAGUGAAUCGAAUGACACGUAUUCCUAAUCUUUGCUACCUGUGCUUCGAUUUUCGUAUGGCAGAUGAAAACUUGGUUAGAACUUUAGCAAAUAUAAUCGAUUCUGACACAGUUAUUGAUAACUAUACGAUUCAGCGUAGUGGCAACAAAAUAAGUGUGCAUUGGAAAUCAUAA